AUGUCUCCCGCCUCCCCCGCCUCCCUUCCCGCCGCCAUCGCGUGGCUCACCGGCUCGCGCCUAGUCCCCCGCUCCUCCCCCUCCUCGUCCUCCCUCCCCUCCCUCUCCGACGACGCCUCUUCUGCCACAUCGUCGUCCCCCUCUUCUACCCCGCCCUCUGCCCUCGCCUCCCUUGCUUCCCUCCAGGCAGCCGAUGCCACUCCUAUCCGCCCGAACGAGCAUCUCGCCGUCUUUCUCCCAAAGACCCACUGGAAGUCCGACUCCCAGGCUUCAUACUGCGAAACGUUUCUAUGCCACAAGAAGUUCUCCGUCUUUGAGCGUAGACACCACUGUCGCAAAUGUGGUGGCAUCUUCUGUCACAACUGCUCCUCUCGCACGACUGCCCUCCUCGACACCUCAACCCUCUCUUUCCUCUAUCCUCCACGAAACGUCUCCAUCUUCACUUACGCAUCCCCAGAGUCCCCCGUAUCCGAUUCACGUGUCUGCGACGCCUGCUACGACAUCAUCUACGCCUGCCCAACCCCACGCUCGCCCCCUGUAAUUAAACCUGCCCUGCCAGCACCUAUCUCCGUUCGUACUUCCCCUGUCCGCUCUCGCAACAGCUCCACCUCUCGUAGCAGUUCCGUCCUCCUCACUCCCCCUGACGGACAGACCUUGCCUCCUGCUAUUCGUCGUCGCCCGGCUCCUCGCAGACACAUGACUCUCCCCGCUGUCCCCAAUCCCCCCUCUGAGCCCGAGAUCUACCUUCCCCAGGCCCCUGUUCCCACCAACGACCUCGAUGCGUACCCCCUCCGCAUCAAAAGCGAGGUCUGCAAGCGCAACGGCGGUGGACGUUGGACACCAAAACGUCUGCCGGUUGACGUAGCCGCUCGGGUCGCAGGAAGGAAGGCUGUGUACGAGCUGGAGAUGGAGCGCGAGGAGGAGGAGAUCCGAAGGGAACGCCUCAAUCCCGUCAUCAAGGACGGAGACUUCCAAUACCGCGCACCGCGCGAAUUCCAGCCUAGUUCACCUGGCGGGCCGUAUGUCCUGUCGACGUUCUGA